UUUUUUUUGCAGGAAUAUAAAACGUAUAAUGAGAAUUUCAUGAAACGUUUCGAACUGACACGUCUGCCACCGUAUCUGAUCAUUAUGUAUAAACGUUUCCAUAAGAAUCAGUGGUUUAUCGAAAAGAAUCCAACAAUUGUGAACUUUCCUAUCAGUAAUGUUGAUCUGUACGAGUGUUUGGCGGAAUCGUCGCGUGCCAAUUACAAGUACACAACAUAUGACCUGGUAUCGAAUAUUGUGCACGAUGGACCGCCUGAAUCAGGCGCUUAUCGAAUACAACUUAUUCAUAAUGGUUCACAAAAGUGGUACGAACUGGAGGAUUUGCACGUGAAAGAAAUACUUCCUCAAAUGAUCACACUUGCUGAGUCCUAUAUUCAGGUAUGUCACUUCUCCGCAUUCGAGAAUUUAACUGAAAAAACGCAUAAUUUGGAGAAUUUUUAUUGUUUCAUUUGGAAGUUGAACACAUCAAAAACGAGAGAGCAGCGAACUGGAGAAACAGAUGAAAACGAUAUGUCAGCUCGUGUAUCGCCGGAGCGAACGCAAAGAAAUGGCAACAGUGCAGAACCAAUGCAACAGUGA